AUGCCACGGCAGGCCCCCAUCCCCAUCGCUGCCGCCCGUUCCCACAAACCGCACAACCAGCAGAAGCCUUCACCGGGCAAAGAGAACUUGGUUACUGGCAAGCCGCUGUCGCAUGUUACGCCCAUCAUCAACAAGAGGAGGGAGAGACCCUGUGACGCUUGCCGAAGACGAAAGAGUCGCUGCGUCAUAAACGAGGGCCGCAAAUUGUGUGUCCUUUGCGAGUUCCAUAAGCAAGAGUGCACCUUCGUGCAGAGUCCACUCCCCAGGAAGCGCAAGGUAGUCGACGACGGGAACAAGGAUUCGCCCAACAACCAGAAGAAGAGAUCGGUUGAGACAGAGCCGCCUCCGCUCGCCUUAACGACUCCUACGAUAACGGCUAUUGCGCCAAGCCCUCCCCCACCCCAGAGGUCGUUGUCCAAUCAGCACGCCGUUCAGUUGGGAGAGACUUUGGGACUGCAGAGCCGUCAGCAUAGCAGAUAUAUCGGUUUAAGUUCUCCUUUUGAUUCUCUGCUUAUCGGACUGUCCCAUUUUGAUACCCGCAACGAGUCCACCUUCGACCUUGGUACCCUCCGUCGAGUCAAUGACCAUGAAUGUUUCAUCAUGCUGCCCGACGAGAACACCCAAGACUAUGCCGAAGAGGCCGAGACUCUGAGGCAUGUUGAACAGCUUGUCCACCCGCAUGGACCGGCUUUGCUUGACCUUUAUUUCCAGAUUGUGCACCCCAACUUUCCCAUUAUCCAAAAGCAUCUUUUCGUGGAGCGGUAUCGAACUGGCGACCGAACCUUUUCCCCUUGCCUGAUGGCAGGCAUGUAUAUUCUGGCGCUGAACUGGUGGUCGUUUGAUCCGAAGCUGGCGGCCCACCCCAAGCCCGAUGCGACAAAGCUGGAAGCUGUCGCGAUGAAGUCGCUCUCCCUCGCGAUGGAGAGACCCAAGCUUUCCACGAUCCAAGCCGGUCUGCUGCUGUUGCAGCGCCCCGAAGCAGAUUCAUGGAGCCUGACGACGCAGCUCGUGGCAAUAGGCCAAGAGUUGGGGCUCCACCUUGACUGUUCAUCGUGGUCCAUUCCGCUUUGGGAGCGUGGCUUGCGCAAGAGAAUCGCCUGGGCCCUGUACAUGCAGGAUAAAUGGAGUUCGCUAAUCCACGGACGUCCAUCGCACAUCUUUAGCGCCAACUGGGCGGUAAAGCCGAUUACUGAGGAUGAUUUUCUUGAGGAGGACGACGGCUAUGAACAUAGACAGGAGGAGACUGAAGAGGAGAGGGCGGAGAACCGGCGAGGGCAGGAGCUUUUUGCGCAAAUGAUCGGUCUCACCAUGAUCAUGGCCGAGGUCAUGGAUACCUUCUACACGCAGACGGCGAUCCAGGAUUUCGCAAAUGCAGGCAAGAACUCGACGUCCUUGAUUCUGUCCCGCGCGAAGAACGUCCAGCUUAAGUUGAGGAAGUGGCACGAGGAGUUGCCGAAGACGGUUAAGAUGAGCGCCAAUACCAAUGGCAAACUCUCUUCAACUGGCUAUCUGCACCUUGCGUACUUCGCGACAGAGAUCACCUUGCACCGCCGCAUAGUGCAAUCCCUCGAUCCUUCGACUCAUGACCCGUAUGGCUUCUUCAUGUGUCGCAGUGCCGCCAAAACUCGCCUCAUCUCUGCCAUGGAUUUUGUCAACCGCCUGAAGCCAGAGCACCUCCAGGCGUUCUGGUACUUUGCGUCCAAGAUCAACUUCACCCUCAUUGGCACCUUUGGAUCCCUUCUCUGGGCCACUGCUCCUACUCAGGAAGAGGCCGAAUUCUACAAGACCCGUCUAAGAGAAUACCGCUGGACUCUCAGCGUGAGCAGCAAGCGUGCACAAUUUCUCGACUACGCCGUCCAGAUGCUCGACGCCAGCCGCGCAAUGUUGCACAACCUCGCGGAGAAGCCCAGUCUGGCGCAACAGAUCAGCAACGCGGGGGUGCCGCCGUCGGCACCUGCGCGUUCUGCUCCACCUUCGUCGGCUAUGGGUCCUCCGGAGCGCCAGCAAUCCAGCGAUGCUGAGCUGCAGGACCACUCGGACUUGAAGCGUACGGAGUCGAGUGGCAGUUUCCACGGCUUUCGAAACGAGGCGCUCGAGCAGUAUCUUGGACAGGCGGGGAGUGUGACGGGUUCCGCCUCUGGAACGAGGACAGCGGAGGGGAGUGUGAGGGGCGAUGUUACUCCCAGGUCGCAGUAA